UGAGGAAAAGUAAACGUUUACCACUAGUCCACAAUAACUAGAGUCUAUAUUCGUGAGAUCCUAAAACCCUUUUUUUGGAGCUCCAAAAAUGGCGAAAAUACUCACACUCCUAACAAUUCUUCUUCUCAAUCUAAGUCAUUCUCUCUCAUUCUCCCCAGAAAAUCCUACAAAUCGUCGAAUUCUAGUUCUUCUCGAUGAUUUCGCCAUUAAAUCUUCUCACUCUUUGUUCUUCGAUUCUCUUCUUUCGCGAAAUUAUCAGCUCGAUUUCAAGCUCGCAGAUGAUCCUAAACUUGCUUUGCAGCGUUACGGACAGUUUUUGUACGAUGGUCUCAUCAUCUUCGCUCCUUACAUCGAUCGUUUUGGCGGUUCGAUUAAUCAGGCAGCGGUGCUUGAAUUUGUUGAUUCUGGACGUGAUUUGAUUGUUGCUGUUGAUGUGAAUUCGUCUGAUUUGAUUCGCGAAAUUGCGACAGAAUGUGGUGUUGAAUUCGAUGAUGACCCUGCAGCGAUGGUUAUUGACCACACAAGCUAUGCAUUGUCAGAAUUUGAAGGUGACCAUACACUGAUUGCCAGUAAUGAAUUUAUUGGAUCAGAUGUCAUAUUAGGGAGCAAGAAAAUUGAGGCUGCAGUACUUUUCCAAGGAACUGGUCAUUCAGUAAAUCCUUCUAACAGCCAUGUGGUGCAAGUUCUUUCCGCUUCACCAUCUGCCUAUUUGGCUAAUCCUUUGUCCAAGUUAUCAAGUGCCCCAACAUUUACUGGACCCAGAAUAUCAUUGGUAUCAGUGGUGCAGGCACGAAACAAUGCUCGUAUUCUGAUAUCAGGCUCACUUAAACUUUUCAGUGACCGAUUUUUGAGAUCAGGAUUGCAAAAGGCUGGUAGCUCGACUAGAUUUGACAAAUCUGGUAAUGAGCAGUUUGUGACUGAACUUAGCAAAUGGAUUUUCCAUGAAAGAGGUCAUCUCAAGGCUGUAAAUGUAAGACACCACAAGACAGGACAAACAGAUGAACCUUCAAUAUAUAGGAUCACUGAUGACCUGGAAUAUUCUGUCGAGAUUUAUGAAUGGUCUGGAGUGAACUGGGAGCCAUAUGUAGCCGAUGAUGUUCAAGUGCAAUUCUAUAUGAUGAGCCCUUAUGUGUUAAAGACAUUAUCAACUGAUAAGAAGGGUCUUUAUUAUACUUCAUUUAAGGUGCCAGAUGUAUAUGGUGUUUUCCAGUUCAAAGUUGAGUACCAAAGGCUCGGAUAUACAAGCUUGUCUCUAGCAAAGCAGAUUCCUGUACGACAUUUCAGACACAAUGAAUUUGAAAGAUUUAUAACUGCUGCAUAUCCCUAUUACGGAUCAUGUUUUUCAAUGAUGGCUGGCUUUUUCGUCUUUACGCUUGUUCAUCUCUAUAGCAAGUAAGAGUAGCAUGACAAUUUUGGCUGGCGAUAUACAUCGGUUCAUCCCAAGUUCUCUCGUAUUCAUCCCUAUAUCAGACAAAUUGUAGAAAUCAAUCUUAGAAAGAAAUUACCUUUGUAGAAAAUUUUAUCUUAUUUUUUACUUGAGAAAUUUUAAUUCAAGGCUUUAAUCAUUGUUACACAAUAUGAUGAGAAGAAAUGCUAAAUAGGGAGUUAUAAAAACUGUUUGUAGUAUUGUGCAUGGCGGCGAUGUAGUGUAGGUGGCUUCAAGUCAUCAUACAUACAUACCUGAACUUCUAUAAAAGCCAUUGUCUAAUGGUUGUUAGAUAACGAUAUGGCGGAGUUUUAUAACUGACAAAGUACUCUGUUUUAACUUAUCUCA